AUGACACAGGGAGAGUCAUACCCCAGAGGUGGCCUUGAGGAGAUCACUCGCGUAAUAUGGGAGCUUAUGCAUACGCCUGGUUUUAUUCCGCGUGUCUCGAAGGAGAUGGUCGAUCACCAAAUGACUUUCGCCGACACCGCUGCGGGGAAAUUCGUUCUUGGAGAGCUUCACGAACUAUACACCAAAUUAAAGCAGUCCAAAGCCGAUCUCGAGGAGGAGACGAAGAAAUUCCAGCUGAAGGAGAAGGAGAUGGAAAUGCUCAUUGCUAAGGAGAAAGCCGACGCGAAAGAGCGCCUUGAGAAGCUUGAGAAAAAAAGCGGGGACAAGUUGAGAAAGCAGACAGAAUCAUUGAGAAAGGAUAAGGAACAGAGCCGGCAAUUUCUCUCUGAUAUGGAGCGCAAGUCGGACGCCGCAAAAAGAGAUCUUCAGAGAGCCCUCGACCAAAAGCUUCAGGACAUUGCGGAUAGGGAGGACCGAUUGAAGGCAGAUUUACUAGCGAAGGCAGCGGACGAUGAAAGAAUUGCGAAGCUGUCCGACCAGGCCGUUGAUCUCCUCGAGCAACAGAUGAAGCAAGAGGUAAUGAGAUCGAAUAUAAAUCGCGCGGAAAUCAAGAAUAUCAAGAGACGCAUGGCGCAGGCUGAGCAGAAACGCAGGGAGCUGGAGAUGAAACGCGCCGAAAGGGAGCGGAAGCGCCGAGCAUCUGCUGCGAAAGCAGCAGCGGACCGCGGUAAAGAUCCGAUUCAGGAGGGGAUUAGACCACCACCACCACCGCCCGGAGAUCCGUUUCAGGAGAUAACUGGACCAGGGCCUCCACCACCACCACCACCACCACCACCGCCGCCGCCCCCGCCCCCGCCCCCGCCUCCACCACCACCACCACCGCCCCCGCCCCCGCCAUUUAUUCUGCCCCCGCCAUUUAUUCUGCCCCCGCCAUUUAUUCCUCCUGCACCGCCAUUUAUUCCUCCUGCACCGCCAUUUAUUCCUCCUACACCGCCAUUUAUUCCUCCUGCACCCCCGCCAUUUAUUCCUCCUGCAGCGCCCCCAAUGUCCAUGAACGAGUAUUUGGCUUAUCCUCAAGUCCAAGCAUGGCGACAAGCAAAUGCUGCACCCCCCCAGUACUAUCAGCCCGGUUGUCGACCGCUCGGGCUCGUGAUCUUGCCCACUCUCGUUUAUGAAUCCUACAUUGGACCACAAUCAGUAUUAGCGCAGAAAAGCCUCAUCCAACAUACCUUUGCCAGGGACACAGAAACCUCUUUCAUUCCGUAUAAUCCAAGCAUUCUCAUCAAUCCUUGUUUCACGCACUGA